UGGGUGGGUGUAGGUGAUCAGCUGUGCCAGUCCCGGCAGGCCGUGCCGCACAUUGGCACAUCGAGCCUCCUGGCACUGCCAGCGUAAGGGCCUGGCAUCUAGCAUUGCUCUCUGUCCAUCGCUCUUGCGCACGCACACACGCUCACACACAUACACACACAAACACUCCUUCUCUCUCACUCACACUCUCGCUUUCUCUCUCUCUCUCUCACUCUCUCUCCUGUUCUCCCUCCCUUCCUCUCUGCCCUUCUCACUCUCCUCCAACCUACUCCCUCUCCCUCUGGUGUGCACUCUCUCCCUCUCUAUCCCCGUUUGUCUCUCCCUCCCUCCCUCCCUCCCUCUCACUCACUCCCUCCUUCCUCAUCAUCUAUCGCUUUUCUUUCUCUCAGUCCGUCUCUGAGCACUGCCUCGAGCCAUUAGCUUGGAGCAUUUUAUCGAUGAUGAAAUCAAAAGCAGAUCGUUUUUGUUUUUAGUUGGUGGCUUUUUUUCUUUCCUUUUAAAAAAAAUAAAUAAUCUCAUCCAUUUUUUUGUGUAGCAAGCGGAGCAUCCUCCUCAGCGGAGCAGAGAUGCUAGCUGAGCAACGGGAGAGCAGCAGGGCUGGCUUCGGCCUGAGGAAGCAGCUGAAGAUGAACAUGGUGAAGAGGAUCAUGGGCCGCCCUCGUCAGGAGGAGUGCAGCCCGCAGGACAACGCGCUGGGCCUCAUGCACCUGCGCCGCCUCUUCUCCGAGCUCUGCCACCCGCCCCGUCACAUGACCCAGAAGGAGCAGGAGGAGAAGCUCUACAUGAUGCUGCCCGUCUUCAACCGGGUGUUUGGGAACGCUCCCCCGAGCUCCAUGAACGAGAAGUUCUCCGACCUGCUCCAGUUCACCACGCAGGUGUCCCGCCUCAUGGUGACCGAGAUACGACGCCGUGCCUCCAACAAGUCCACAGAGGCUGCUAGUCGGGCCAUAGUGCAGUUCCUGGAGGUGAACCAGAGUGAGGAGACGAGCCGCGGGUGGAUGCUCCUCACAACCAUCAACCUACUCGCAUCAUCUGGACAGAAAACGGUGGACUGCAUGACCACCAUGUCGGUGCCCUCCACGCUGGUGAAGUGUCUGUACCUGUUCUUCGACCUGCCACACACGCCAGAGGUGCCCGCCGCCACCCAGACAGAGCUGCCCCUGGCCGACCGCCGAGCCCUCCUGCAGAAGGUCUUCGUACAGAUCCUGGUGAAGCUGUGUAACUUUGUGUCCCCGGCGGAGGAGCUGGCCCAGAAGGACGACCUGCAGCUGCUGUUCAGUGCCAUCACGUCCUGGUGCCCGCCCCACAACCUGCCCUGGAGGGCCAGCGCCGGGGAGGUGCUCACCACCAUCUCCAGACACGGCCUCAGCGUCAACGUCGUCAAAUACAUACACGAGAAAGAGUGCCUGUCCACGUGCAUCCAGAACAUGCAGCAGUCUGAUGACCUGUCUCCCCUGGAGAUCGUGGAGAUGUUCGCUGGUCUCUCCUGCUUCCUCAAGGACUCCAGUGACGUCUCCCAGACACUCCUGGAUGACUUCCGCAUGUGCCAGGGAUACAACUUCCUGACCGACCUCAUGCUCAGACUGGAGCAGGCCAAAGAGGACGAAUCCAAAGACGCGCUGAAGGACCUGGUGAACCUGGUGACCUCUCUGACCACGUACGGCGUGUGCGAGCUCAAGCCAGCUGGCCUCACCACCGGUGCACCGUUCCUGCUACCGGGCUUUGUGGUGCCCCAGCCCUCCAGCAAAGGUCAGACUGUGCGCAACAUCCAGGCCUUCGCAGUGCUGCAGAACGCCUUCCUGAAGGCUCGUAGUGGCCGGCUGGCUCGCAUGCUGCUGGAGGCCAUCGGCAACGUCUACGCCAGCGACCGCGCCAACUACUUCAUCCUGGAGCAGCAGCACACACUCUCGCAGCUGGCAGACAAGGUGGCGCGCGUUCCCGACACACAGCCCAAGUACUUUGAGCUGCUGGAGCUGGUGGUGUUUGGCCUGAACUACGUGCCGUGCAAGGAGCUCUUCAGCGUCAGCGUUCUGCUGAAGGCCAGCGGAGCGGGUCCCUGCGCCCUGGUGGCCACGCGCUCCCUCCUCAAGCUGGCGCGUCACCACCCCGUCUUCAGCGACGUGUUCCGCGAGGUGGGCCUGCUGGAGGUGCUGGUGAACCUGCUGCACAAGUACGCCGCGCUCAUGAAGGACCCCACCGCUCAGCACCACCACCAGAACAACCACAGCCCACAGAACCACGGCAACGAGCAGGGUGACUGUAAGAACAAUGUGUCAGAGGACCAGAAGCAGUUGGCCUGGCUGGUGAUGGAGACCCUGACUGUCCUGCUUCAGAACUCCAACACUAAUGCAGGGCUGUUCCGUGAGUUUGGCGGUGCGCGCUGCGUGCACAACAUCGUGAAGUACCGUCAGUGUCGCGAGCACGCGCUCAUGAUCAUCCAGCAGCUGGUGCUCUCACCCAGCGGAGACGACGACAUGGGAACUCUACUGGGACUCAUGCACUCAGCACCCGCCACAGAACUGCAGCUCAAGACUGAUAUACUGAGGGCCCUGCUGGCAGUCCUCCGUGAGAGCCACCGCACGCGCACCGUCUUCCGCAAGGUGGGCGGCUUUGUCUACGUCACCUCCCUGCUGGUGGCCAUGGAGCGCUCGCUGUGCUCGCCGCCGCAGAGCGGCUGGGAGCGCGCCAACCAGAACCAGGUCUUCGAGCUGCUGCACGCCGUCUUCUGCACGCUGACGGCCGCCAUGCGCUACGAGCCGGCCAACUCGCACUACUUCCGCACCGAGAUCCAGUAUGAGAAGCUGGCCGAUGCCGUGCGGCUGCUGGGCUGCUUCUCCGACGCUAAGAAGGUCGGGCCGGUGACGACGGGGUCAGGGGGCGUUUGCAGGACGCCGUCCAACGCCCAGCCUUUCCAGAGGCUGCUGGAGGAGGAGCUGGCCAGCGCGGCGGCGGCGGCGUUAGCAGGACAGCAGCUGCUGCCCACCCCACAGACGCCGGUGGACGGGGUCAGCCCCACGCUACGCCACUGCGGAAAGCUCUUCAUCUACCUGUACAAGAUGGCCACCGACUCGUUUGACAGUCGUGCGGAGCAGGUGCCCCCCUGCCUGACUCACGAGACCUCCCUGCCCUCCCCGUGGGGCACGCCAGCGCUCACCAGGAAGAGACAUGGCUACCACAGCACGUCCAAUAACGUGCCGGCCAAAGCAGCGUCCGAGCUGAAGCUCCACCUGAGCAACUCUUCAUCGACGUCCUCCUCCUCCUCGUCCGACCCCGUGGUCAUUCACCCCGGAGCAGCUCUGGCCAUGUUGGACCUGCUGGCCUCCGUCAGCUCCGAUAUGCAGCCCGAGCAUGCCCUGGACCUUCAGCUGGCGGUGGCCAACCUGCUGCAGCUCCUGGUGCACUCGGAGCGUAACCAGCAGGUGCUGUGCGAGGCCGGGCUGCACUCCCGCCUGCUGCAGCGCUGCAGCUCUGCGCUGGCCGACGAGGACCACCCGCUGCACCCGCCCCUGCAGAGGAUGUUCGAGAGGCUGGCCUCGCAGGCCCUGCAGCCCAUGGUGCUCAGAGAGUUCCUGAGGCUGGGCAACCCACUGAACUGCGGAGCCUGGGACAAGAAGCUGCUGAAACAGUACAGAGUACACAAGCCCAGCUCACUCAGCUACGAGGCGGAGAUGAGAAGUAGCAUGACUACGUCGAUGGAGGGCUUCGGUCCGGACAGUGUGUUCUCGGUGACUACGGAGGACAGCAGCCAGUACCGCAUAAGCCGCAGCCUGGUGCGCUCGUCCGAGGACAGCACCGUGCCCCUGACGCGCGUCAAGUGCCUGGUCUCCAUGACCACGCCGCACGACAUCCGGCUGCACGGCUCGGCCGUCACACCCGCCUUCGUGGAGUUCGACACCUCACUCGAGGGCUUCGGCUGUCUGUUCCUGCCCAGCCUGGCCCCCCAUAACGCCCCCUCCAACAACGCCAACACAUCUGGGGUUAGCGAUGGAGCUGUGCUCAGCGGCAUGGGAGCUGGUGAGCGUCUGUUCCCCCCUCCGUCGGGCCUGAGCUACUCUUGUUGGUUCUGCGUAGAGCGCUUCAGCUCGGCGCCUCAGCACCACCCAGUGCGUCUGCUGACCAUGGUGCGGCGUGCCAGCUCCUCAGAGCAGCACUACGUCUGUCUGGCCGUGGUGCUCUCCGCCAAGGACCGCUCACUCAUCGUGUCCACCAAGGAGGAACUGCUGCAGAACUACGUGGAUGACUUCAGUGAGGAGUCCUCCUUCUACGAGAUCCUGCCGUGCUGCGCGCGUUUCCGCUGCGGCGAGCUGAUCGGGGAGGGCCAGUGGCACCACCUGGUGCUGGUCAUGAGCCGCGGCAUGCUCAAGAACAGCAUGGCCACCCUCUACAUCGACGGCCAGAUGGUCAACACCGUCAAGCUCCACUACGUGCACAGUGCGCCAGGCGGCUCGGGCUCCACCAAUCCGCCCGUGGUGAGUGCGGUGUACAGCUACGUGGGCACGCCCCCGGCCCAGCGGCAGGUGUCCAGCCUGGUGUGGCGUCUGGGUGCCACCCACUUUGUGGAGGAGGUGCUGCCCGCCGCCAGCGUGGCCGCCAUCUACGAGCUGGGGCCCAACUACGCCGGAACCUUCCAGGCCGUCUACCUGCCCUGUAAAGACUCCAAGGUGGAGGCAUCUCCCCCCUGCCCGGUGGCUCUUGUGCCGGAGGAGAAGGUGUCCUUUGGCCUGUACGCCUUCUCCACGCUUUCCCUCACCGUGGCCAAGAUCAGGAAGGUCUACAACAAGCUGGACAGCAAGGCCAUCGCCAAGCAGCUGGCUGUGUCCUCCCAUGAGAACGCCACGCCGGUCAAGCUGAUCAACAACUCAGCCGGACACCUGAACGGCCCCGCCCGCACCAUAGGGGCCGCCGUGAUUGGCUACCUGGGUGUGCGUGCGUUCGAGCCCAAGCCCGUGGCCACCAACCUGCAGUACGUGGGUGGGGCGGCAGCCAUCUUGGGCCUGGUCGCCAUGGCAUCAGACGUGGAAGGCCUGUAUGCUGCCGUCAAGGCCCUGGUCUGCGUUGUCAAGAGCAACCCCCUGGCCAGCAAGGAGAUGGAGCGCAUCAGAGGAUACCAGCUGCUGGCCAUGCUGCUGAAGAAGAAGCGGUGUCUGCUGAACAGCCACAUCCUGCACUUGACCUUCUCCCUGGUGGGCACGGUGGACAGCGGACACGAGACCUCCAUCAUCCCCAACUCCACCGCCUUCCAGGACCUGCUCUGCGACUUCGAGGUGUGGCUGCAUGCCCCAUACGAGCUUCACCUGUCUCUCUUUGAACAUUUCAUCGAGCUGUUGACAGAGUCCAGUGAGGCGGCGAAGAAUGCCAAACUGUUGCGUGAGUUCCAGCUGAUCCCCAAGCUGCUGCUGACUCUGAGGGACGUGUCUCUGUCCCAGCCCACCAUCGCCGCCAUCAGCACUGUGCUCAGCCUACUGCUGCAGGGCUUCCCAAACUCAUACGACCUGCUCAGGUUUGGACAGUUCAUCUCCUCCACACUGCCUACGUUUGCCGUGUGUGAGAAGUUUGUCGUGAUGGAAAUCAACACUGAUGAGAAAGUGGAUGGAGGGAUCGAGGAUGACUUUGGUGGUUUGCUGUCAGCCAACGUGAUCCUGCUGAGGAACCGGCUGCUGGCUAUCCUGCUCAAUCUGCUCUUCUCCAACAAGGAGAAAUGCACCGUCAACACGCAGGCGUGUGAGGAGCUGGUGCGAACGCUGGGUUUCGAUUGGCUGCUGAUGUUCAUGGAGGAGCACCUGCACAGCAGCAGCGUGACGGCGGCCCUGUGGAUCCUGGUGGUGUUGCUGAGCAACCAGGCCAUCCUGGGCCGCUUCAAGGAGGGCCUGAGCGGGGGAGGGUGGCUGGACCACACCGACUCGGUGCUCACCAACAAGAUCGGCACCGUGCUGGGCUUCAACGUGGGCCGCAGUGCCGGGGGCCGCUCCACGCUGCGCGAGAUCAACCGCGAGGCGUGCCACUUCCCGGGCUUCCCGGUGAUGCAGGCGCUGCUGCCCAAGCACACCAACGUGCCCGAGCUCUACUUCCUGCUCAUGGCCCUCUUCCUGCAGCAGCCUGUCAGCCAGCUGCCGGAGAGCCUGCAGGUACAUUUUGACCUGGACUCCAUCUGGUCCUUCAUCUUCGGUGUGCCGGCCUCCAGUGCCACGGUGGUCAACUCCAUCCACAGCGUCUGCACCGAGGCCGCCUUCCUCCUGCUCGCCAUGCUGCGCAGCAUGCUCAACCUGCCGUGGCAGUCUGAGGAGGAGGGCUCGUGGCUGCGGGAGUACCCGGUCACCCUGAUGCAGUUCUUCCGCUACCUGUACCACAACGUGCCCGACCUCAGCCCCAUGUGGCACAGCCCCGACUUCCUCUGUGCCCUCGCCGCCACCGUCUUCCCAUUCAACAUCAGACCAUACUCCGAGAUGGUGACUGAGUUUGACGACGAGGCGGGCUCCCCCACGGAGGAGUUCAAGGCCUUUGCGGCCGACUCGGGCAUGAACCGCAGCCAGUCAGAGUACUGCAACGUGGGCGCCAAGACCUACCUGACCAGCCACCCGGCCAAGAAGUACGUCUUCGACUUCAUGCGCGUGCUCAUCAUGGACAACCUGUGCCUGAGCUCCGCCAGCAAGCAGACGCCCAUCAUCGACCUGCUGCUGGAGGCCUCCCCAGAGCGCUCCACCAGGUCCCAGCAGAAGGAGUUCCAGUCCUACAUCCUGGACAGUGUCAUGGAGCACCUUCUGGCCGCUGAUGUGCUGCUGGGAGAGGAUGCCUCCAUGCCCAUCACCACAGGUGGCAACUACCAGACGCUGGUCAACAAUGUUUUCUACUUCACGCAGCGCGUGGUGGACAAGCUGUGGCAGGGGAUGUUCAACAAGGAGUCCAAACUGGUGGUGGAGUUCAUAGUACAGCUCAUCAGCCAGUCCAAGCGUCGUUCCCAGGGCUUGUCGCUGGACUCCAUCUACCACUGCCUGAACCGCACUGUGCUGUACCAGCUGUCUCGGCCCCACAAGAGUGUGGCGCAGCAGGUGGCCCUGCUGGACUCCCUGCGCGUGCUCACCGUCAACCGCAACCUGGUGCUGGGGCCCGGCAACCACGACCAGGAGUUUGUGGCCUGCCUGGCACACUGCUUCAUGAACCUGCACGCCGGCAGUAACGUUGAGGGAUUCGGUCUGGAGGCGGAGGCCAGGAUGACCACCUGGCACGUCAUGGUGCCCUCCGAGAACGAGCCGGACCCUGUCCACAGCCAGGACCCCAGCGAAGGUCGUCAGCUGCUGCUGAAGGCGGUGAACCGCGUGUGGACGGAGCUGAUGCACAGCAAGCGGCCCAUGCUGGAGGAGAUCUUCAAGGCGUCGCUGCCCACCAACGACCGCGGACACGUGGACAUCACCACCGCACGGCCCGCCCUCGAGGAGCCCGCCGCCAAGAGCUGGCAGAACCACCUGGUUCAUGAGAAGAAGUGUAUUAGUCGAGGGGAGACUCUGGCUCCAGUCACCCAGUCUAAGCUGUCUCGCGUCAGCAGUGGCUUCGGCCUGUCCAAACUCACCGGAGCCCGUCGCAACAAGAAGGAGAACAGCCUCAACAAGAACAGCCUCUCAGCACAGGAAACCUGCCAGUGGAUGUUCACUCACAUCGCGGUGGUGCGAGACCUCGUCGCAAUGCAGUAUAAGGAGUACCAGGAGCGCCAGCAGAACGCCCUGAAGUACGUGACGGAGGAGUGGGCGGGCAUCGAGUACGAGCUGCUGCGGGAGCGGGGGCUGUGGGGGCCGCCCAUCGGCUCGUCCCUGGACAAGUUCCAGCUGGACAUGACGGAGGGCCCCUGCCGCAUGAGGAAGAAGAUGGUCCGCAACGACCUCUUCUACAUCCACUACCCCUACGUGCCCGAGCAGGAGGGCUCCUCCACCAACCCACAGGUCCCACCUCCUGUGCCUUUAGCUGACUUCUUCACCCCUCUCGAGAAGCCUGUGCGUUACAGGCGUGCCAUCAGCUACGACAGUAAGGAGUACUACAUGCGGCUGCUGUCUGGCAACCCGGGCAUGUACCAGCACUCUGUGGAGCACAACACGGAGGGGGAGACCACGCAGCACGAGCCCGAGCACGGGGAGGACACCAUCGCCAGGGUCAAAGGUCUGGUGAAGGCCCCUCUGAAGCGUUCGCGCUCCACGGCGGACGGCCAGGACGAGGAGAACCAAGAGGGCCUUGAACAGCUGCUGGAGUCCGGAGCCGAGGAGGAGCAGAAGACAGACAACACCACUCUUCUCCGACUACUGGAGGAGGGGGAGAAGAUCCAGCACAUGUACCGGUGUGCACGUGUUCAGGGCCUGGACACCAGCGAGGGCCUGCUGCUGUUUGGCAAAGAGCACUUCUACGUCAUCGAUGGCUUCACCAUGACAGUCACACGCGAGAUCAGGGACAUCGAGACACUCCCGCCCAAUAUGCAUGAGCCCAUCAUUCCCAGGGGGGCGCGUCAGCAACAGAGCCAGUUGAAGAGGACGUACAGCAUCUUCGCUUACGAGGACAUCAAGGAGGUGCACAAGAGACGCUACCUGCUGCAGCCAAUGGCAGUGGAGGUGUUCUCUGGUGAUGGACGGAAUUACCUGCUAUCCUUCCAGAAAGGAGUGAGGAAUAAAGUAUACCAAAGGUUCCUGGCUGUUGUGCCCUCGCUGGCCGACAGCUCUGAGUCCGUGUCUGGACAGAGACCAAACACCAGCGUGGAGCAGGGCUCCGGUCUCCUCAGCACUCUUGUGGGAGAGAAGUCAGUCACCCAGAGAUGGGAGAGAGGAGAGAUCAGCAACUUCCAGUACCUGAUGCAUCUGAACACGCUGGCGGGCCGCUCCUAUAACGACCUGAUGCAGUACCCCGUCUUCCCCUGGAUCCUGGCCGACUAUGACUCAGAGGAGCUGGACCUGACCAAUCCAAAGACAUUCCGCAACCUGGCCAAGCCAAUGGGAGCCCAGACUGACGACCGGCUCAUCCAAUACAAGAAGAGGUUUAAGGACUGGGAAGACCCCAAUGGUGAGACGCCGGCGUACCACUACGGCACCCACUACUCCUCAGCCAUGAUCGUGGCCUCCUACCUGGUCAGGAUGGAGCCCUUCACACAGAUCUUCCUGCGGCUACAGGGUGGACAUUUUGACCUGGCUGACAGGAUGUUCCACAGCGUGCGGGAGGCCUGGAACUCUGCAUCCAAACACAACAUGGCCGACGUCAAGGAGCUCAUCCCCGAGUUCUUCUACCUCCCCGAGUUCAUGCUCAACUCCAACAACUUUGACCUAGGUGCCAAGCAGAAUGGCACCAGGCUGGGAGACGUGAUCCUGCCCCCCUGGGCUAAGGGAGACCCACGAGAGUUCAUCAGAGUACACAGACAGGCGCUGGAGUGUGACUACGUGAGUGCCCAUCUGCACGAGUGGAUCGACCUGAUCUUCGGCUACAAGCAGCAGGGUCCCCCGGCUGUGGAGGCGGUCAACGUCUUCCACCACCUCUUCUACGAGGGCCAGGUGGACAUCUACAACAUCAACGACCCCCUCAAGGAGACCGCCACCAUCGGCUUCAUCAACAACUUUGGACAGAUCCCCAAACAGCUAUUCAAGAAGCCUCACCCACCCAAGCGAGUGCGUGGCCGGGCCAAUGGGGAGCCGGCCAGUGUCCCGGCCUCUCUGCCCCCCAACGCAGACAAGAUCUUCUUCCACCACCUGGACAACCUCAGACCCUCUCUGGCUCCUGUCAAAGAGCUGAAGGAGCCUGUGGGUCAGAUCGUGUGCACUGAUAAGGGCAUCCUGGCGGUGGAGCAGAACAAGGUGCUGGCUCCCACAGUCUGGAACAAGACCUUCGCCUGGGGCUACGCUGACCUCAGCUGCAGACUGGCCAACUACGAGUCAGACAAGGCGGUGAUUGUGUACGAGUGUCUAUCUGAGUGGGGCAAGAUCCUUUGUGCCAUCUGCCCCAACCCCAAGCUGAUCAUCACGGGGGGCACCAGCACCGCCAUCUGCGUCUGGGAGACCGGCACCUCCAAAGAGAAGGCCAAGACGCUGGCCCUCAAACAGGCUCUGCUGGGCCACACGGAUGCAGUGACGUGCCUGACGGCGUCAUCUGCGUACCACAUCGUGGUGUCGGGCUCCAGGGAUCGCACCUGCAUCAUCUGGGACCUCAACAAGCUGGCCUUCAUCACACAGCUCAGGGGCCACCGGGCUCCCGUGUCGGCACUCUGCAUCAACGAGCUCACCGGGGACAUUGUGUCGUGUGCGGGCACCUACAUCCACGUGUGGAGCAUCAACGGCAGCCCUAUCGCGAGCACCAACACCUUCACAGGCCGCAGCCAGCAGAUCCUGUGCUGCUGCGUCUCUGAGAUGAACGAGUGGGACACACAGAACGUCAUCGUCACCGGACACUCCGACGGCGUCGUCCGGUUUUGGAGAAUGGAGUUCCUCCAAGUUCCAGAAACGCCUGCCCCAGAGCCGGUCGAACCCCAAGAGGUCAACGACUGCUGUCCGGAGGAGAAGAUGGUGUCCGAGGGCCGCGAGGCUCACGAGGACGACAGCAGUGAGUCGGAAGGGGAGGAGCAGAGCGUCAGCGUGGCCACCACCACCACCGGGGGAGAACCCACGCCCCCUCACGGCCGCCCCCGGGCCCCCCCGACCCGCGCCAUGGCCUCCUGGUCGCAGGACAGCAGCUCGGACGACUCGCGCCGCUGGUCCGACACGCUCAGCAUCGACGAGAAGGACGGCUUCAUCUUUGUCAACUACUCGGAGGGACAACAGCCAGGUGGACAGGGACAGGGGCAACCCAGGCCGGGGCAGGGCACAGGACAGACGCCUAACCCCAAUGCCAACCCCCAUUCAAAUCCCAAUGCCAACCCCCACCUUCACCCACACCAGCACCCCCACCACCACCACCACCACCACCACCAUCACCACACUCCCCCCUCCCAGAGCGGCAUGCCCCAGCCCCUGCUGCCCAGCACCAUCAUGGAGGCCCGGCCCUACAACCAGCUCAGACCAGGCUACAGAUGGGAGAGACAGCUGGUGUUCCGGAGCAAGCUGACUAUGCACACCGCCUUCGACCGCAAGGACAAUGCCCACCCGGCUGAGAUCACCGCGCUCGCCAUCUCAAAGGACCACAGUAAGAUCCUGGUGGGUGAUGGGCGUGGGCGCGUGUUCAGCUGGUCGGUGAGUGAGCAGCCAGGCCGCUCGGCAGCGGAUCACUGGGUGAAGGACGAGCAGGUGGACAGCUGCUCCGGCUGCACCGUGCGCUUCUCCCUCACCGAGAGGCGACACCACUGCAGGAACUGCGGACAGCUCUUCUGCCAGAAGUGCAGCCGCUUCCAGUCGGAGAUCAAGCGUCUAAAGAUCUCGUCUCCGGUGCGAGUGUGCCAGAACUGCUACUACAACCUGCAGCACGAGCGCAACAACGAGGACAGCUGCAAGAACUAGGCCCUCCUCCCGCCUCCCUUUUCCUCUUCCUCCCUUUCCUCGUCGCCUCCUUUCUUGCACCUCUGUCGCUUCAUCGUCAUCAUCGUCAUAGUCAUCAUCAUCAUCAUGACAUCAUCGUCAUCACUACUCAUGGCCAACGAUCCCCCUCAUCAUGUAGGAUCCACCAGCCAGCACGCUCUGGCCAGCCCUCCACCUCCAACCUCCCACCCCAAUCUGACCACCCCCAACCUGUGUGUAAGGACAUGUGUAUGUGUGGUUAUGUGUAUGAAUGCUUGUGGAUGUGAGUGAUCAUGUGGACAGUACUUACAUAGAACAAAAAAGGGGACUGUAAAUGUUUAUCAUUUCACAUGGAUGAGGUGGUUUUAAGAAAAUAACAAUGGGUAGGCUACAUUUUUUUUCUCUCAUUAUUUUUUUUAUUAUUAUUCUUUUGUUGCGUUCAACAGCAACUUUCAGGAUCCUCGUGUUUCCUCAUUCGUCACCACAUUUUACAUUUUAGUAUGACCUGUUCAGUAUGCUUUGCGAAGUGAGAAACAACUGUUAAUAGUGUAAAUAAUUACAAUGGCCUUUUUAACCAGAGCAGGAAAAAUUGAUUUAAAAAAAUAUGAAUUAUUGAGAAGAAUAGAAACACAGUCAUUUGCCUGUAACAUUGCAUCAUAACGUGCCACUCCUGGCAUUCAAACAAAUAAGAAAAAGAAGAAAAAAAUACAAACGAAACAAAAAAGAUUGUGUUUAGCCAGUUUCACUUGUCACAGAGAAACCCCUCGGGGAUGCUUUUUGGGGGCAAUGAAUGUUAAUAAUAAAUGUUUGUGGGUUGACAUUACUAGCGCGUCUAGUUAUGCAAAUACUUAACUUCUUUUGUUUACAGCGUUGUUUGUUUUUACUAUUAUUUUAAUUUCUUUUGAUGUGCUGCCCACAGUAUCAUACAGUUGCCAUUCCAGUGAAAAUCACUGUCACCCAUCUCUGAACUUAUUUUGCCAAACUGCUGGUACAUUACCAAGUGUUGUCGGAUCAUUUCAGAACCACAUUGUUUUAUGUGAUAUUUUUUAGUGUCCCGAGCCAUUCAUCAACAGUAACUGAAUAAUAUAUAAUGUAUGUAUGUAUGUAUGUAUGUAUGUAUGUAUGUAUGUUUGUAGAUUUUUAAUGUGUCAGUGUGUGUGUUUUGUUGUGCAUCAUACCACAGCAGAUAUGUGGCUUUGUGCAGUGAGAUGAAUAUCAUGGAGUUUUUAAUGAUACACAAAAGAGGGAAAUUGUUGUUGAUCAUGUGUAUGUAUGUAGAGAAUGAGAUGCAACUGUUGGGUUGUAUGUGUAAUUGCAUCAUGUGUCAGAAAUCUCGAUAGUAUAUGUUGAGAGCUGGUUUUAGCUUCGCGUCUAGGCUAACAAGGGACGUUUUUCGUCGGCAGAUAUACAGUACAUACCAAUAUUUGCCCUUAAUCGUUUGAAACUUGAAAGUCAAAGUUACAGUUUCGCCACAAUUUUCUCCUCUUAGUGUAAUGACUCCAGGAGCCUGUGGGUGUGUUGCAGAAACAAAGACUGUAAUGUACAGGUCACUUCAUACAUAGAUACUGCUGUCCAUUCUCCAAGAGCAGCAGACUUUUUGCAGGUCUCAAAACCUAUUGAGAGAAUUUAAAAAAAACUAUGAAACAAAUAUUUCACCGAUAAACAGUCACAAUUGUAGCAUGUAAGUAAGUUUAGUAUAUGUCAUGUCGUGGUAGAAAAGGGAUCUCACACAUUUCACUUUAGUCUCACUGUUGCUCACAUGUGAGAUGUGACUUGUCAGUUACAGCUCUUUUAUUCUUGUUGCCUGCUAAUCACUUUGUUGUCUCCCUCCUUCCCUUCACUGGUGGUACUGUGGGCAAUACCAAACAGAAGUGCUGCUUUAAUGACUAGAAAGAUUAUUUCUUUCUCUCUAUUUUUUGUUUUGUUUUAUUAUUUUUUCCCUUAAUGUCCCUUCUGGCACGUCUGACACAAAAAUCACUUUAAUGAGCUGUUACACAAGUGCAGUAGGUUCACAGUCUUUUAGAAAAAAGAAAAGAAACUCAAAACAAUAAAGGAACAUUCUUCCUAAAGAUCUGCCAUACAAUAUGCACUCACUAUUGUUAUCGUAUUUGCUAUUAUGGUCGUUCUUCAAAAUAAAUGGCAGCGUGGUCAUCACACAUUAAUGUACUGUAUCUAGAGUGCAAUCAUAACAUCCAAGCUGUUAUGGCUUGCCAUCACGCAAGCAGCUUCAACGCCAGAAGGCUAUAUCAAUCUGAACUUAUUGCACCUUCACGUGUACAAAAUGUCAAGGAAAUCAUUUUAUUGAAUGGAAUUUCUUUUUUAUGUUAGCGGGCUAUCAUUUUAAAAGGGUGUGUUUUUGUUUCUUUCCAGAGAGAGAACUGUACAGAGUAUUUAUGCAAUUAUACUUUUUUUCCUUUUUUAAAAAUGUUAUUCUGAAUUAUGAAUUCUUGUAAUUUCAGCAAGUUUGUUUACUUGUUGCAUGUCUAACACAGCUGACUUUAUGUGUCAGUGCAUUGUACAUGUUUGGCAUUACGAAAAAUUAUGACAUAUGUUUUAAAGUUUCUCCCUUUAUUUUUGUUGUUUUCCCCCAAGGCUCAUGUAAUAAUAAUGGCAUUAUCUAAGUAGUUUUGCACCAGGAAAGAUGUGUAAGUAAGUAAGUAAAUGAGUAAGUGUGUAUCGCAGGGAGAGGUUACAUGGAAGAGCCUUGUCUCUCGGCUGACUUUUGUACUCCGCUGGAGGACUUGCUAGACCGGAUCUAAUCCGGUGUGGGGGGGUCACCCUUCUUCAGUUUCGGUGGUCUCGUGUUAUAGACUGCAUUACUACAGUGUCUAGUGUGCAAUCUGUGGUAGAUGAAUGUUUCAUUGUAUAUUUGUGUUCAGUACAGCUGCAAGAAAAAUUCUUAGAAGUAACCCCUAAAACCUUAUAAUGCAAUAGAUCUGGUACUCAUUAUUUGAUUUUCCUUUUUUAAAUUUAAUUUUCAAUUAAAACUUUGCUGUUUUCC